AUGUCAUCCCCAAAGCUUAUCGUCCACCACCUACAAGUCGGCCAAGGCGAGCGUAUCCCAUGGCUUCUUGAGGAGCUCAACAUUCCUUACGAGUUGAAGUUGUACAAGCGAUCACCUAUGCUCUCACCGCCUGAGCUCCAAGCUGUUUACCCUCUCGGUGCUUCACCUGUCCUGGAGGACCUGACCGAACCAUCCAACCCCAUUAAAAUCGCUGAAUCUGGAGCCAUCUGCGAUUACAUUAUCCACAAGUACGCCAACGGGCGAUUGGCCCUGGCGCCACAACAUAAGAACUUCGCAGACUACCUUUACUGGUUCCAUUUCGCAAAUGGUACACUCCAGCCUGGGAUGUUUAGAAGGAGCAUGGCGCGUGGUAUGGUCGGCGAGCAGGAUCCGCGUUACAAGGGAAACGAUGCUCGUGUCCACAAGGCGCUGAGUCAUAUCGACAACCGCCUUCAAAGCAACAAGUGGCUUGCGGGCGAGGAGUUCACCGCCGCAGAGUGCAUGACGGGAUGGUGCUUCACAACAAUGCGAACCUUUGAGCCGGUGGAUUUGAGUGACUAUCCAGGAAUCUUGGCGUGGCUGGGCCGCAUUGGUGAACGCGAAGCAUAUAGGCGCGCUAUGGGUAAAUCCGACCCUGAUCUCGACAUUGACCAAGGGCUCAGCGCAAAGGGACCCCCGAUGAUGGAGAUGUUCGCAAAGGCCAUGGCGAUGAAGCCGUGA